UGCGCACCUGAACACGAGUUUUACUAUGACCAUUUUAAAUAUUAAAAUCUUGAUAUGUAGAAGGUAGAUGUAGAGUGUAGAGAAGACUGGGGAGGUAGAUAUCUUCAGAAAUACAUUUAUUCACAUAAAAAGAGAGACACCGUACGGAAGUGAAAACGAACAUACGAAGAAAAAUCGGUUAUUACUGAUGGCUGUGCCGGAGGACGUGUUGACGAAUGGAGCGCUGAUAAGGGAUUUAGAGGAGGUGGCCAAAGACAUUGCCCUUCUACACGGGGUUCUAAUGAGGACAAAGGAGACCCCCAAUUCGUCGGAGGUGGUGAGCUACGCCCCUUUCACACUCUUCCCUUCCCCGGUGCCAAGAGCAGUCUUCCACCAGGCGCUGGCAGUGCAGCCGCACUUCAACCGGCUGGUGGACAGAAUCAGCCAGGACCCCAACUUCCUGAAAGAGGCCCUGGCUAGCACUAUCAAAGUGGAUGACUUUACUGCAAGAUUAUUCAGUAUAUACAGACAUGUUCUUCAGGAGGGCCAUUCCCAGUCUAUAGUUGUGGGCCUCAAUCGCUCCGAUUACAUGCUGGACCAGGGGCCAGAUGGAAGCACAGCCUUGAAGCAGAUUGAGAUCAACACUAUUGCAGCCAGUUUCGGGGGGCUUUCCUCACGAACCCCAGAUGUUCACAGGCAUAUUCUAAAGGUUGCUGGCCGAUUGGAGGAACAGAAAUUAGUCCUGGAUAAUAACCCAGCUGCAGGGCUUGCCCGGGCGUUGGCCAAGGCCUGGGAGUUGUAUGGGUCAGAGAGGGCAGUGGUCAUGUUUCUGGUGGAAGAUGUCCAGAUGAACAUCUAUGACCAUCGAUAUGUAGAGAAUGAGCUGUGGAACAGAAAUAUUCCUGUCAUUCGGAGGCGAUUUGAUGAUGUCUACAAGACUGGAUCUCUGGAUAAUGACAAGAGGCUGUUUGUGGAUGGUAAAGAGGUUGCAAUCGUGUACUUCCGCAAUGGCUACAUGCCUCAGAACUACACCGAGCAGAGCUGGGAGGCAAGGCUCAUGAUGGAACGGUCUCUGGCCGUGAAGUGCCCAGACAUUAGCACCCACCUGGCCGGCACUAAGAAGGUGCAGCAGGAACUAGCGCGACCUGGGGUUUUGGAAAAGUUCUUCCCCGAUGACCCAGAAGCAGUGACUCAGAUCCGGGCCACCUUUGCUGGGCUUUACACCUUGGACAUGGGAGCAGAGGGAGACAAGACUGUGGCUAUGGCUUUAGCAAACCCGGACCAGUUUGUCCUGAAGCCCCAAAGGGAAGGCGGGGGAAACAACAUCUAUGGUGCAGACAUCUGCCAGGUUCUGGAGUCAGUGAAGGACAGCACAGAGCGGACGGCCUACAUCCUAAUGGACAAAAUCCAGCCCCAGCCCGUCCACAACUACCUGCUGAGACGAGGCAGUCCCCUGAAACUGUGCACAUGCUUGAGCGAGCUGGGCGUCUUCGGAACCUAUGUCCGGCAAGGGACAGACAUGCUGCUCAAUGAGUGUGCAGGGCAUCUGCUGAGAACGAAGAGUGCUGAACAUUCUGAUGGAGGUGUUGCUGCAGGAGUGGCAGUGCUAGACAAUCCACUCCUUGUCUGACCUGCACUGCUCUCACCUCUGCUGGACUGCACAGUUGUUAAUCAGACCAAUGACAGACCAGAAAUACCUUAAGUGCCCUUCUUUUACAGUUUAGGGUGCUGCUGUAUGCUACCAAUAGUCCAAAUGCUUUCAAAGAAUACUUUUUGAAGUACUGUAGGAAUGUGCAUUUUCAGAAGACCAUGGCAUCUGCAAAAAUAUAUAUCUUAUUUAGAAACUGAAUAGAUUAAGAGAUUGACAUUCCCUAUUGAGCAGCCAUGGCAUUGAAACUAUAUGACCAGGAAAUGCUUUUGUUGGUAUACUUUACUGAUAUGUCUAAGCAAAGUUUUUCACCAGAAAUAUGGCUUGGGUUCCUUGGUUAUAGAAAUGUGUUGAAUCUCUGUCUGUACUGUUAACUUAUAAGCACUGGAAACCCAUAAAUCGUAAUCAAGAAGGAUUAUCAUUGACAUGAAGGCUAAUAUCUAGCCAGAAAGCUGACAUUUUAUGAAGGGGCAGCUUUAUUGGGACAGUCUUAAGCAGCAUUGUUGUAAUGUUUUAAUUGUGAAAAAAUGUUUUAAAAAUAAAUAACUUAA